CGGAAGCGUGGCAGAGAACACGGGAGUCCCCGGUGCACCACGACCGCAACCGUGCGGACAGCGGAUACCGCCCCGGUCAACAGUCUGCUGACGUGAAUUCCCACCCAUCCUCUCAGCACUGGCUCAAGGAGAAGAGGUUCAGCUGCGUACAGGCGAAGCUGCCCAAAGCAGGGGAAGCAGGAAGGAGCUUUGUUUACGGCGAGCCGAUCUGAGACUGGGAGAGAGAAAAGAGAAUCUGGCUGAACGUCCCUCAGGAUGAAGAAAAGCAGGAGUGCCCAGGGGGUUAUACCAGGCGAUGAGCCUUCUGUGGGACAAUUUUCCACAGGGAGCACACUUGGGGUAGAAGUGUGCAAAGUCCACAGGCGGUUUUCUGGCAACCUGCAGCUGCCUCCGUUGUCAUGGCGACAGUUGGAAAAGGAGAGAGACAGAGUCAGGUCGCUAACCCCUGAAGAUGAUCCAGUGACCCGGAGCAGACCCACAAGUCUGCCCAUCUCCUCUCUGCCCCGCAUCGACAUCACACAGGCCGACCCUGACAGCUUUGAAGGUGAAAAUGGCCCAUCGUUGUGCUGCAGUCCUUCAGACAUGCAGGCGUCUCCGGGUUCUGGUCUGGUUCUACAUCCCAACCUGGCAGGCCAUGGCCAACGCCGGGAGUCCUUCCUGUACCGCUCCGACAGCGACUACGAUCUAUCGCCGAAGUCCUUGUCUCGAAACUCUUCCAUUGUUGGAGAACUGCAUGGAGAGGACUUGAUUGUGACUCCAUUUGCUCAGGUUCUGGCAAGCCUUCGGACCGUUAGGAACAAUUUCACCACCUUGACGAAUGUACAGUGUGCAUCCAAUAAGAGGUCUCCUGCUGCAAAUCAGCCUUCUCUCACCAAAGUCUGUCUGUCAGAUGAGUCCUACCAGAAGCUGGCUAUAGAGACCAUGGAGGAGCUGGACUGGUGUCUGGACCAGUUGGAGACCAUCCAGACCUACCGCUCCGUCAGUGACAUGGCCUCUAACAAGUUCAAGAGGAUGCUGAACCGGGAGCUAAGCCAGCUGUCUGAGAUGAGUCGCUCAGGCAACCAAGUUUCAGAGUACAUCUCCAACACCUUCCUAGACAAGCAGAAUGAGUUGGAGCUCCCGUGUCCAGUUCCUAAGUCGAGGGAAAGGAAGAGGAGACAGGGCCAACAACAGCAGCAGCAUCAACAGCAGCAUCAACAGCAGCAGCAACAGCAGCAGCAGCAGCAGGGUGGGAUGAUGACUCAGAUCACUGGGGUGAGGAAGGUCAGCCACACGCCGAGCAUCUCUGGAAACACCAGCAAUCGUUUCGGGGUCAAGACAGACCAGGAGGAACUGCUGUCAAAGGACCUGGAGGACAUAAACAAAUGGGGCCUGAAUAUCUUCAAAGUGACCGAGCACUCCCACAACCGACCGCUCACAUGCAUCAUGUACUCCAUAUUUCAGGAGCGAGACCUGAUGAGGACGUUCAAGAUCCCAACAGACACCUUUGUGACGUUCAUGGUGACCUUGGAGGACCACUAUCACUCCGACGUGGCUUACCACAACAGCCUGCACGCUGCUGACGUAGCCCAGUCCACACACAUCCUCCUGUCAACUCCCGCACUGGAUGCGGUCUUCACAGAUCUGGAGAUCUUGGCAGCCAUUUUCGCUGCAGCCAUUCACGACGUGGACCACCCAGGAGUGUCCAACCAGUUCCUCAUCAACACCAACUCUGAGCUGGCUCUGAUGUACAACGAUGAGUCAGUGCUGGAGAACCACCACCUGGCUGUGGGUUUCAAACUGCUGCAGGGGGACAACUGCGACAUCUUCCAAAACCUCACCAAGAAGCAGAGGCAGUCACUCCGGAGGAUGGUCAUCGACAUGGUGCUGGCAACUGACAUGUCUAAACACAUGAGCCUGCUGGCUAAUCUGAAGACAAUGGUGGAAACCAAGAAAGUCACCAGCUCUGGAGUUCUGCUGUUGGACAACUACACAGACAGGAUGCAGGUUUUGCGUAACAUGGUCCACUGUGCGGACCUGAGCAACCCGACCAAGCCUCUGGAUCUGUACCGACAGUGGACAGACAGGAUCAUGGAUGAGUUCUUCCACCAGGGAGACAGAGAGAGAGAAAGGGGAAUGGAGAUCAGUCCGAUGUGUGACAAACACACAGCUUCGGUGGAGAGAACACAGGUUGGCUUCAUCGAUUAUAUUGUCCACCCUCUGUGGGAGACGUGGGCCGACCUGGUCCACCCAGACGCCCAGGACAUCCUGGACACACUGGAGGACAACAGGAACUGGUACCAGAGUAUGAUCCCCCAGAGUCCCUCCCCUCCGUUCUACACCAGUGACGGGGAGGGCGGCUCACUUGGGGCUAGAGGGGGACCUGUGGCGAGUAAAUUUCAGUUUGAGCUGACGCUGGAUGACCAGGAUGGACAGGGAGGAGACGGGCAGAGCGCAUUGAUGGAGACGACUGACAGUGUGAUACUCCAACAACAUGCCUCUGAUCAGGACGGGGUUGAAAUGACAACGCGUGACGUUUCACCUGCGGAAACAUAGCUGAACUCAAAGUGUUCUUAGAGUGCAGCAAGUUCUGCUGUUUUGGCUGAAUCCAUUUAAUUGCAGUAGAGCAAUCCUGCAAUAUCGCUCUUUGGAGCUGCCUGGCAAAGAGGGCCUUACUGAAUGUGGGGCACCCGUGCAAACGAGGCUUGGAAACCCUGUGGCAGUUUGUUUUUGAGCCCCCUAGAAGGGAACUGGAAGAGGUGUGUUCUUUAAAGAAGGGACUUCUGUCAGACUGCAGAGGCAGUGCUGAAUCUCACAGACCAAGACGGUAGACGACUUGAGUCUGUGUACUGGGACUGGUAAAAAUUCCAAACUUGCACUUCAGGAUGUUUUUUAUGUUCAUUUUUGAUUAUUUGUGUUGUGUCGGGAUGGGAUGCCACCUGGUAAAGUGUCCGACCAAAAACUACUGGUCAGCAACUUAUUUGUACCCAAGUAGGUUUUUUUUCUAGCACAAAGUUGUGUGCCUUUUUUUUUUUUUUAUUAUUAUUUUUUUUUUUUACAACCUUGUCUUUUUGUAAGUGUUUUUAUAAUUUAUUGAUGUAGCUGUAAAAUGUGUCAACUUUUCUACAAUAAGGACACAUUUCUCUAACACAGUCUUCCUAAUGUUCUGGCAAUAGUAUAAGCUUGUUCAGUGGAUGUAUUUCUAAAAUCAGACGACUUCCCAGCACAAUUUGCACUUUGUGGCAUAGGACAAAGAGACCGUUGAAAGCAUCAAUAAUUUACAUUAAAGUAACAUGUCACACCAAAAUGAUUAGAUUUAUUCAACUUUUUGUUUGUUUUUAUCCAAUAAUUCAUUUCAGAAGCAAUUUAAUAACUUUUGGAUCAAAUUCUUUGAAAAUGGAAAAAACAUUUUGUAUUUUUGAGUCUAAAAACAUCAUAAGAAAAAACAAAACAAACUCCAAAGAUCCUGUUAAGGAAGCACUUUGAUGAUUUCAGCUUCAGUCAGUAGUGAACGAAUCAAACUUCUGACUAGAAGUAAAAUUGAUCCCUGUCAUUGUCAUGUAGCUGGAUGAAGAGUUCAGGCAAAUGAAAGCCAAAUAUUUAGUGAAUUUCACCAAAUCCCACAUAAAGGUUAGAAAUCUCCUCCCCUAGUAUUGUGCAGAACUAUCCUUGUAUGGAAAUCUGUUUCCACGUCGUAAUCCCCGUUUCAUCAGCUCACGCACACCUAUUGUUGUUAACAGCAUUCUUAUGAAUAGUCUUUGAGCUCUGAAUGACUGUAAGACUGUGCACAUUUAAAAAGACACCUAUUAGUGAUAGAAUAAUUUAUUUUGUAGUUUUUAUUCCAGCACUUUGAAUAUGUCGACAGUUUGCAGCUGGUUGCUGAUCUGUCCAACACUACCUUAAAGGUACCACAAUAUAAGGUGCAACCUUCAUUAUAAAGGGUGGAGGGUGCCAAUAUUGUGUCAUGACACAUGAAACCUCCUGUGUGUGCGUGUGUGCGUGUGUGCGUGUGCGUGUGUGUGUGUGUGUGUGUGUGUGUGUGUGUGUGUGUGUGUGUGUGUGUGUGUGUGCGUGUGUGCGUGUGUGUGUGUUCACAGAAUUGCACAAUCUUGUUGCACCCAGCUGUGUUGUGCCGACCCUUCAGCUGUUUUUAACAGUGUAUUUAUUAUAUUUCUCCUUGUAUAUGAUAAUAUUGAUUGUUAAUAUUCCCUGUAUAUUUGUUAUUAUUUAUAUGCACUACCACGUGUCAAAUCACAGUUUGACUGAACUUGUCUGGUGGUUCUGUUUUAUGCUAUUUAGCAAGCUGUUUUGCUAUACGACCGUAACAUGAAGUUAUGCAGCUCAAGUUUGAUAAUUUGAGAUGUUUGUUUUAGAAAUUUAAGCCAGAAAUGUGUGUUUAGUGCGAACCAGCCACACCUCAUGUGUGGUGCAGAAGAAGUCUGGCUUUUUUUUCUGUCUUUUGUUCCUGGCGGAUUAUGAAGGCUGGAUAUUUACUGCAGUAUAUUGUGUACGGUGACGGGUCAUUGUACAGCUCUAGGAAUAUUUGCUGAAAUAUAUUGCAUUGUUUCAAAUAUAUUUUUUCAGUGUUUUUCCUCACAAUAUAUGGUAAAAUGUUGUAUGUUGUGCUCAACAAAUGUUUUCUAUCAGAUUAUUAAAAUGGGCAUGUA